AUUCGUACAUUCUUUUGUUAAUUAUUCGUUAAGCACAGUAACAGUUGCGGCACAUAACUGGAUUCGACGUAAGCAAAGAAACCAACCAGAUUAUUGUCAAAUGUGAAUUAUCUCAGUUGGCUUGUUCAUAUUUUGUUCGACAAAGGAGCAUUGAUUCCGUUCAAAUGUAUCAGAUUUCGGAACCAGAAAUAACUUUAAAAGAUUUAUCCGAGACCAUGUGUAAGCUGAAAUUUCACGUGAAUGCAUUGGAUGCUGUCGAUUUUAUCAAGUCUUUGUCGGACAACGAGGUUAUUCAUAUGAAUAAAUUCGAUAAAAUACCCUAUGUAUAUAUUAAAGAGGAACUUGAUAAACCGAAGGAUUUCGGUGCUCUAUCUUUGGACGAUACGAAGGAGGAUCGACCUUGGGUUCAUAUGUGCAACGACACUUUUCUCUACUCAUUGGCGAAUGGAAAUUUCGUCCUUCCGUUAAAUAAAGACAAUGUUAUAUUUAAGAAGUCUACAUACACAGAACACGUAUUAAUCGGUUGUCAGAAAUCCGUAGAUAAUUCUUCUAAGAAUGAAGACAAGUUGCAUCUACGAAAGGAUCAAACUUUGGAUGAUCCGAUUGUUGUGCCCAACCACUAAAUUAUAGGACUAUGACCUAUAAGAACAAAUAUGCAGAAUAGAGAUCACUUUUCUUUGUAUAUUCAACUGAUAACCAAACUGUACAAUAGACAAAUCCCACGGAGAACAGUUACCUGAAGCGAAGCGUCAUCUCAAAACCGUGCCUUACUCCUCUGGGAGUCCGUAUUAAUAAGUAUUAACUUUAUAUGUACAAUAAGUAUUUAGAAGUAGUCUCAGUAAAAUCUUUAAAGAUGAACAUAGUCUUAUAAGAAUCUUAAUAUGAUGAGCAUAGUAAUAGAUGAAUUUUAAAUCGACCAAGUA